AUGUUACCAUUCUCCAUGUUCAUCUUUCCAGCCGGACGGGUGAUAAGAAGUCUGUGUGACUCCGGUGAAGUGAGAUACUCGCUCACUCUGGAGGGAUUUUAUCCCGGAUACCUUCACUUCAAAUGGACGUGUGGAGAGACGGAAGAUACUGACAUUAUAUCAUCCCAGGAACACUACACAGACAAUAAUAAUCUAUUCACAGUCUGCAGUGAGGUCAUUAUUCCUCAGACUGACCUGACAUGUUCCGGAUCCACAGUGAACGUCCACUGGGAACACGAAUACACCGAUAGCACUGGGCGUGAAAAGAUGUGUAUCAGAGAUUCAGAUUUCCCUUGGCGUCCAGCUGUAGAAGAAGUACAAGUGCCGCGCUUAUUUCAUGACACCCUAGUCACCCUGCAGUGUGACAUCUCAGGGUAUUACCCAGAUGCCGUCUCUGUGACCUGGCUGAGAAAGAACAAAGAGAAUCAGGAGAUAUGUGAAGAUUCUGCUUCCAUCCCACAAACCUCAUCACAUAAAACCACAGAUAACACUUACAGCUGUACAGCGAGGCUGACAAUCACACCGACACUGAGAGUCCACCAGGGGGCAGAGUACAUAUGCAGAGUGCAGCACCCUUCACUGCAGAAAGCCAUCGAGAAAAGCACGGGGAGGCUCAACAUGAUAGGAAGACCUCAGAUGGAUCCCAUACAGAUGACGUUAGUGGAUAACAUGUUCAUUCAGUUUUGCUUGACUCUCAAGAGGUUUUAUCCAAAGGACUUCAAGAUUAAAUGGUACCGUGAAGAGAGGCAGCCCAGAGAAGGAGUGCGGCAGGGGACCAAGCACACAGAAACAAUUACAGAGGAUGACGAUUUGACAUUUUGUGUCACCAGCGAAUGUCAGGUUUGGGGCUCCAGCUUUGCAGAUCCCCAGUAUAAAUUGUAUGUGACUUGGGAACACGCGUCUUUGGAUGGGCCUGAGACCAGAACCUUGUCUGUCAGAGAUUUUCCCUGGAGUCCAAUGUUAGGAAAAAUAAAUGUCCCAACGCUGGAAGAUAACCAAAAGUCCGCUCUGAGAUGCCACAUCACCGGUUACUUCCCUAAUGUUAUAACUGUGGCUUGGUUUAAGAGAGAAAGGGGCAAGGUGUCUGCGGCUCCGGUCUCCAGUAAUAUGGCGGCAGAGAUUCUACCACACAAGGACAUAAAGGCUUUGUUUGCCUGUACAGCAAUUUUGUAUUUUACCCCAACUAUAGAGGAAGACCAGGGGUCAGAGUUCAUCUGUAGAGUGGAGCACCCCAGCCUGGAACAGCCAAGAGAAAUAAGUACAGGACCUCUGGAAAUAAGUACGCUUUUUUAACCAAUAUAAGUAGCUACU